UUCAGAUCGCUAAAAAAAGCAAGAAGCUCGGCGAGCUUCAAGGCACCUUGACGCGAGAGACUUCCGGAGCGAUGAGUCCUCCGGUCCAGGAGGAGCUGAAUGGGGACACUGCUUACGUGUCGCUUCUCCAUGGAGACCGUGUGGAAUUUUGGCUCUACGCACUGAUGCUGGGGCAUAGGCUUCGGCAGCUGGAUCAGGCCACCCCUCGAGUUCUGCUCGUGGCGAGGCCCACGGAAGAUUACGCGGCGCCAUUUCUCGAGGGAAUGAGCUACAAAUGCCUGCAAGCAUUGUGGGAGGUUCGGCCGGUGGAUUUGGUAGAUGCUGCAGCUGCGGACAAGACACGCAGGAAGCGGCACAGGUACGUUUUCACCAAGCUCCGUGUAUUUGAGGUGCCUUACAAGCACAUCAUGUUUUUCGACCUGGACGUCGUGGUGCGGCGCGACCCGUCAGAGCUGUUCAAGGUCUCUGCGCCGGCGGGCAUGUACCACGGUCGCUGGGACCGCAGUGAGUUCGCCAGCCACGGUGGACUUCUUCCACAGGAGGCAUUCGAGAAAGACGACUGCGUUCGCGGCUGCGUGAACGCCGGUCUUCUUCGUCUCGACCCUCCAGUCACCAGCGUGGAGCGAAGGGAGCUGCUCGACGAGAUGCUGCGGGAGGUGGCAAAGCUGAAGGAGGACGACCAGUCGUACUUGCCCGAGCAGUAUUUCUUGGUGAAGCAGAUCCCGAAUUGGCACCACAUCAAAGUCGCGUGGAACUGUGAGGUGAAUCCCCGGUGGUCCGUAGUGGAGCGGCACAAGGGGAACAGCAAGCUGGAGAAAUGUCGCGAGGUAAUCAAGGCUGAGCUGCCACGUGACUGGUUUGAGCUAUGCGAGACCCAGGAGCAGCUGCGAUCCGUGGGGAUGUUUCACUUUAGCGGCUUGUGGCUGCAGCCCUGGUGGUACCUGAACAUGCCGCCCACGGAGGCGCACCAGCAGCUGAAGAAGCAAUUUGACAAAAGGGAUCCGCCAGGUAUGGUGGCAUUGGCUGUGGCAGAAUGGCUUCUCGCUGCGCAGGAGCUAAAGGAAAGCGCCGUGUUCAGCGAAGAUGAGACGUACUGCUUCAAGCAGCAACUUGGCAUGCUGGAGCGCACGGCGGAGAAGUGGUGGGACGGCGUGCAGAGUUGCAACGCUUGCGGGGCCAUCCAGGACGACUACGACGAGAGCUGCGAGGAAUGCGAGGUGAGUGCGCACCUGGCCCGGGUUGUUGAGAGGUCGGAGUCAGCAACGGUGAGCACGUCGAAAGGAAGGCGGCAGAACUGGGACUUGGGAGGCAACAAGAAGCGGCGGCAACGGAAGAAAGCUGAGAAGGAUUCGAUGGAGUUGGCCGAGAGCAGGUGCCGCAGGCCCAGCCCGGCCCUGCGGCCCAGGAUCCAGGAGACGUUUGCCUCGGUGAACUUGGUCUGAGCAGCCAAUGACCAGCCGCUGGUUUUGUCCACGCGACUUGGCGUCACGAGCAACAGUGCACUGACUGACACUUGCAACCGCGCCUGGGUUGGCGCGGAAUGUCACACAGUGCACAUGGCUAAAUGAACGCCGGCGUAGUGUGCCACAAUUUUGCCAAACAAGCACCGCGACCU